UUCUUUAAAGGAAGCAGAGAGCUCCGGGUCCCUUUGUCAACUCAACUCUCCUUUAGUACGUUGGGAUGUCCUGAGUCAGUCCUCGGGGCCCAGAGAGCGCUGUGCUGAUGGGACCUGCAACGCCGCCAUGAGCUUACAAGAUGGCGGCUGCAGCUAUGCUAGCAGCGCCAACAUGGCCAGCGUCACCGGCAGCAUGCGGCGGCGCCUGGAGGACCAGGAGUUCAGCCUGCGCGUGGUACCCCCGGGCGCCCUGGCCGAGGGAACCAUCUACUGCCCCGUCUGCGCCCGCAAGAACACCACGGCUGCCGAGGCCAUCGACUGCCUCAUCGAGCGGUUGCGCCUGGAUCGCACCAAAUGCUACGUGUUGGCUGAGGUGAAGGAGUUUGGCGGGGAGGAGUGGAUCCUGAACCCCUCCGACUGCCCCGUGCAGAGGAUGAUGCUCUGGCCUCGCAGCGCCCUGGAGAACCGCAGCGGCCUCUGCAGCGGAGACGACUACCGCUUCCUCCUGAGGGAGAAGAACUUGGACGGGUCUAUCCAUUAUGGCGGCAGCCUGCAGAUGUGGCUGCGGUUGACUGAGGAGCGGCGCCGCAUGGUGGAGCGGGGUUUCCUCCCCCAGCCUGCAGGGAGCGACCCUCCGUCCGACCUCUGCGCUCUCCCGGAGCUAACAGAACGCACUAUUUUGGAGAGCCUCCGUGCACAUUUCCGCCAGGAGAAGAUCUACACUUACAUUGGGAGUAUUCUUAUUGUGAUUAACCCUUUUCAGUUCCUGCCAAUCUAUAAUCCUAAGUAUGUCAAAUUGUACGAUAACCACACACUUGGGAAGCUGGAGCCACACAUUUAUGCUGUGGCGGACGUGGCGUAUCACGCUAUGCUGCAGCGACGGAAGAACCAGUGCAUAGUCAUUUCUGGGGAGAGUGGGUCAGGGAAGACCCAGAGCACCAACUUCCUCAUUCAUCACCUGACUGCUCUCAGCCAGAAGGGGUUCGCCAGCGGGGUGGAGCAGAUCAUCCUGGGGGCCGGGCCUGUGUUGGAGGCCUUUGGAAACGCUAAGACCGCCCACAACAACAACUCCAGCCGCUUCGGAAAGUUCAUCCAGGUCAACUACCAGGAGAGUGGCACUGUCAGAGGGGCCUAUGUGGAGAAAUACCUGCUGGAGAAAUCUCGUCUGGUGUACCAGGAGCACAAUGAGAGGAACUACCAUGUUUUCUACUACCUGUUGGCCGGAGCCAGUGAAGAGGAGAGGAAGUCCUUCCACCUGCUCAAACCUGAGGAAUACCACUACCUCAACCAGAUGACAAAGAAAUCGCACAAACUCCACUGGGACAAUUACUAUGAGAGCGACCUGCAGGACUGCUUCACAGUGGAAGGAGAGGAUCUGAAACAUGACUUUGAGCGGCUGCAGCUCGCCAUGGAGAUGGUCGGCUUCUUACCCACCACACGCAAACAGAUCUUCUCCCUGCUGUCAGCGAUCCUCCACCUGGGAAACAUCCGCUACAAGAAGAAGACCUACAGAGACGAUUCCAUCGACAUCUGCAACCCAGAGGGCCUGCCCGUGGUCUCCGAGCUGCUCGAGGUCAAAGAGGAGAUGCUGCUGGAAGCUCUGACCACCAGGAAGACGGUGACUGUCGGAGAGAGGCUCAUCGUACCCUACAAACUUGCUGAGGCGGGCACGGUGAGAGACUCCAUGGCUAAGUCCCUGUACAGCGCUCUGUUUGACUGGAUCGUGUUCAGGACCAACCAUGCUCUGCUCAACAACAAGGACCUCGAGGACAACUCAAAGACCCUGUCGAUAGGAGUCCUGGACAUCUUUGGCUUUGAGGAUUAUGAGAACAACAGCUUUGAACAGUUCUGCAUCAACUUCGCCAACGAACGACUGCAGCACUACUUCAACCAACACAUCUUCAAAUUGGAGCAGGAGGAGUACCGGGCGGAGGGCAUCACCUGGCAUCACAUCGAGUACAUCGACAACAGCGGCUGCCUCAACCUCAUCAGCAAGAAACCCACAGCGCUGUUCCACCUGCUGGACGAGGAGUGCAAUUUCCCCCAGGCCUCCAAUCAGACCCUGCUGGACAAGUUCAAGCGUCAGCAUGAAGGAAACAGUUACAUCGAGUUCCCCGCUGUCAUGGAGUCGGCCUUCAUCAUCAGACACUACGCCGGGAAGGUCAAGUACGGAGUCAAGGACUUCAGGGAGAAGAACACUGACCACAUGCGCCCCGACAUCGUGGCUUUGCUCAAGAGCAGCAAGAACGCCUUCAUCUGCAGCCUGAUGGGAAUCGACCCCGUGGCGACCUUCCGCUGGGCCGUGCUGCGGGCGUACUUCAGAGCCAUGGUGGCUUUCAGGGAGGCCGGCCGCAGACACACACACAAGAAAACUGGGAGCGAUGCAGCGGUCCCCUGUGCUGUGGUCAAGACCGUGGACAGCUUCAGUUUCCUCCAUCACCCGGUUCACCAGAGGAGCCUCGAGAUCCUGCAGAGAUGCAAAGACGAGAAAUACAGCAUCAGCAGGAAGAACCCCCGCACUCCUCUGUCAGAUCUUCAGGGCACCAACGCUCUGAACGAGAAGGCCAGCUGGGACAGCUUUGGUUGUAACGGUCGCAGCUCCAGGUCUGGUCGUGUUUCUUCGACAGGAAGUCCCGCCCUGGAAGAAGAAGGCAUCUUCAUCAACUCGACCAGCAGCAAACUCCUGGAGAGAGCUCAGGGCAUCCUACUGAGGAACAAAAACAUCAAAAGCAAGCCGAGCCUUCCCAAGCACUUGUUGGACAUUAAGUCUCUGCGGUACCUGAGCAGCGUGACGCUCCACGACCGCAUCACCAAGUCUCUGCUCCACCUGCACAAGAAGAAGAAGCCGCCCAGCAUCAGCGCUCAGUUUCAGGCGUCCCUCAAUAAGCUGAUGGAGACUCUCGACCAAUCAGAGCCGUACUUUGUGAAGUGUAUUCGCUCCAACGCUGAGAAGCUGCCGUUGCGUUUCAACGACAGCCUGGUGCUCCGACAGCUCAGAUACACGGGCAUGCUGGAGACCGUCCGGAUCCGACAGUCCGGAUACAACAUCAAGUACACCUUCCAGGACUUUGUGCGUCACUUUCACAUUCUGCUGCCUCGAGGCACGAGCCCCACCAAGUCGGGCAUCAGGGAGUUCUUCAGACGGAUCCACCUGCCGCCUGCUGGGUAUCAAGUGGGAAACACCAUGGUGUUCCUGCGGGAGGCGGAGCGGCAGCGUCUUCAGACUCUCCUCCACCAGGAGGUCCUGCGGAGGAUCGUCACGCUGCAGCGCCGCUUCAGAGCCGUCCUGGAGAGGAAGCACUUUUUGGAAAUGAGGAGAGCUGCCUUCGUCAUCCAGCGAUGGUGGCGAUGCUGCCUUCUCAAACAGUCCACCAUGGACCGGGAGGAGGAGGAGGAAGAGGAGGAGGAGGCGGCGGCGGUGUGUGUGCAGGCGGCCUGGAGGAGCUACAGGCAGCGACGGAGGUUCCUGCAGUGGCGAGACUCUGCCGUCGUCAUCCAGAGGAGCUGGAGGAAGUGCCGGCAGCGCAGAUCUGAGGCAGCCGUAAGCAUCCAAUCAGCCUGGAGAGGAUUCAGGGAGCGGAGCCGCUACCGCAGGACGAGCAGGGCGGUGACGCUGCUGCAGGCCAGAGGCAGGGGACACCUGGCCAGACUCAGGUUCAGGGACGUGAAGGAGCAGCAUGAGAGACAUCAGAGUCCAGCAGCAGCAGAGAUGGAUGCAGGAACCAUCGAGGACCUCACCUCAUCAGGACAGGAAGUUUGCGAUCAGGAUAUUUCAGUAGAACUGACUGAAGACCCUCAGCCCGCCGUGUUAGACGGGGGAGACAUGGAGAGAGAGGAGGACUCUGAGCGGAGCAGGAGCAUGAGCAUGGACGAGACCAGCGAUAAGAUCAGGAUAAAGAGAAAGAGCCGACGGAUGAGAGAGCUGGAGCAGGCUCAGUUCAGCUUAGAGCUUCUGAAGGUCCGGACCACCAGCGUGCAGGAAGAGUCCGUCCCUGAAACCAGCACCUGUGCUCUGGCAGACCCUCACAGACUUUCCCCUCGGGGGUCUCCAGCUAGUCACGGUAGUUUUGAGCUCCUCAGUGUGGAGGACAUGGAGACCAACGGCUCUGGAGGUGUUAUCCCAGAGUCUACUGCACUGCAUAUGCAACUACACGAGAGAGACGCUAACUUUAAUGAAAAGCCAGUGAUGGAGCCGCCAAACAAAGCAGAUGGUGGGAGGGCAACGUUUUAUAUCGCUUCUGACCAAAGUCCAGUUCACGAACCAACAUUCGAAAGCCCCAGCAAAUCUGAGAGAAGGGAGUUGACGUCUCGGAGGCCUGUGGUGGUCCUGAUCAGUAUGCAGAAGGAGAGUCCAUUGGAGGAGGGGGAGCUGCUGGCAGCCCACAUCCUAGAAGGAGCUUCUGAAGCAGCAUCAGCCCCCGAAAUGACCCCCGCUACAGACCCAGAGGUUGUAGAGAUGGAGCAACCUGUAGGGAUUGUUACCCAGCCUGAGAGUGAUGUAUGUGGGGCGGACAAAUCCCCUGAAGUCCCGUCUUUAAGUCCAGAAUCCGGGGUCUGCUCCUCAGAGGUGGACAUCCAGAUCAUCCCGCAGCCGAAGCCCAGCAUCCCCCCCGCCCCCCCCCGGCAGCCCGAGAGGAAGACGAGCCGCCCGGCGCAGGACGCCCCGAGCCCCGUGCUGGACACCAAACCUCCCAAAGCCCAGAAGAAGAGCUCGGCCCAGACUGUGAUCGUGAACAUGGUGGAGAAACCCUCCAACAGCGUGUUCUCCCCGCCCAGACGCAAGCUGCCAUUCUCCAAGUCAGAUAAGGAUUUGGUGAACCAGGAAAGAUCUCUCGCCAUGUUCAGAGACGACUCUAAAUCUGGGUCCAGAAACAGAGAGCAGGUGGGUCGCCCCGGCCCCAAAAAGAAAGCGCGAAUGUCCCGGACGCGCUCCGACUUCCUGACGCGCUGUAACUCUGAGGGCGCCACGCAGUCCGACGACGACGACGAGUACUACACCCCCGCCCACUCCCACACGCUGCCCCCCCUUCCGUCCCCCCCGCUCGCCCUCCCCGAGGACGACUGUCAAAGUGACUCCGAGAUGUCAUCUCACAAAGACCAGAAGAAGAUCCAUAAGACCAUGUCGUCAGGAGACCUGGGCAAGGUGGAAGUCCUCAGGAAAACCUCCAGUCAGGAUGGAGGGAUGAAAGGAAGGAUACGGUUCUGGAGUAAGACAAAGAGCGAGAAAAAACUGUUGCGAGAGGCCAGCAGGAGCGAAUCUGCAGAAGCACAUGGCCCUCCUUCUCCUCCUCACAUUCCAGAUGUGGAGGCCUCCUCUUCCUCUCGGGCGGUCAGUAAGGAGAACAAGGAGCCGUCUCCUAAGAUGAGGAGGCGUCGCAGCGUGAAGAUCAGCAGCGUUGCUCUGGAGCCGGCGCAGUGGCAGAACGACGCGCUGCACAUCCUCAGCUCGGCUCACGACUACCGCACCAUGAACGACUUCCUCAUGAAGAAGAUCGCCGACCUGGAGUCAGAGGACGGUAAGAAGGACACCAUGGUGGACGUCGUCUUCAAGAAGGCUCUGAGGGAGUUCAGGAUCAACAUCUUCAACUCGUACUCCACCGCGCUGGCAAUGGAUGAUGGGAAGAGUAUCCGUUACAAGGAUCUGUACGCCCUGUUCGAACAAAUCCUGGAGAAGACCAUGCGCCUGGAGCAGAGGGACUGGCGCGAGUCGCCGGUGAAGGUGUGGGUCAACACCUUCAAGGUGUUCCUGGACGAGUUUAUGACCGAGUACAAGCCCAUGCAGGGAACCAUCGGCAGGGCUCCUAAACGAGAACGCAAGAAGUCAAGAAAGAAGGAAACAGACAUUGUGGAAGAACACAACGGCCACAUCUUUAAAUCCACACAGUACAGCAUCCCCACAUACUGCGAGUACUGCUCCUCCCUCAUCUGGAUGAUGGACCGCGCCUGCGUCUGCAAACUGUGUCGCUACGCCUGCCAUAGGAAGUGCUGCACCAAGAUGACCACCAAGUGCAGUAAAAAGUACGAUCCGGAGCUGUCGUCCAGGCAGUACGGUGUGGAGUUGUCCCGUCUGACCAGCGAGGAGCGGACGGUGCCGCAGCUCGUGGAGAAACUCAUCAACUACAUCGAGAUGCACGGCCUCUACUCCGAGGGCAUCUACAGGAAGUCUGGCUCCACCAAUAAGAUCAAAGAGCUGCGCCUGGGGCUGGACACAGAUGUGAACGUUGUGAACCUGGACGACUACAACAUCCACGUCAUUGCCAGUGUUCUCAAACAGUGGCUGCGUGACCUGCCCAGCCCUCUCAUGACCUUCGAACUGUACGAGGAGUUCCUCCGGGCCAUGGGCCAGUCAGAUCGGCGGGAGGUGAUAACAGGAGUGUAUUCUGUGAUUGACCAGCUCAGCAGGACUCACCUCAGUACGCUGGAGCGCCUCAUCUUCCAUCUGGUCAGGAUUGCCCUGCAGGAGGACACGAACAGGAUGUCGGCCAACGCCCUCGCCAUCGUGUUCGCUCCCUGCAUCCUCCGCUGCCCCGACACCAUCGACCCGCUGCAGAGCGUCCAGGACAUCAGCAAAACCACAGCGUGUGUGGAGCUGAUCAUCAACGAGCAGAUGAGCAAGUACAGAGCUCGCCUGAAGGACAUCAGCAGUCUGGAGUUUGCAGAAAGCAAAGCCAAGAGCAGACUGACCCACAUCAGGAGGUCCAUGAAACCCAUACUAAUUGCUGUUAGGUUUUUGAGCAUAGCCCGCACGUCCACCCCGUGCAAAGGCCGCGUUCAGCAAAGCAGCACCAACACGCUGUCGCCGCCUCUCAGCCCCAAAGUGCCCCCAGUGGUGGUGGAUGGAGAGAGUGAUGGAAGUGGAGGCGGAGGAGAAGGAGGAAAGGGAGAAGGAGAUGGAGGAAGAGAAGGAGAUGGAGGAGGAGAAGGAGGAGAAGGAGCAGAGGAAGCAGCAGAGGCCGGGCUGAGUGAUCAGCAGCAGAUGGCGAUGCAGCAGGAAGAGAGGAUCCUCACCGAGCAGAUCGAGAGCCUGCAGAAAGAAAAGGAGGAGCUGACGUAUGAGAUGUUGAUCCUGGAGCCGCGGACGUCUGAUGAUGACACUCCUGAAUCCGAAGCCUCCAUCGGCACAGCGGACAGCUCGGAGAACAUCACCAUGGAGACGGAAGGAGCCACAUCAGACCCCUUUGAGCGCGGCCCUUAUCACGGCAGAAAGUCGGAGUCAAAAAGCCGGCGAGCUUUACGCCGUCAGCCCGACUCCCAGGACUCAGCAGACUCCAUCUCCACCGUCUCCUCCUACCACCCGUCCUCCUCUCUGUCCUCCAACGCCUCCGGCUCGCCCUCCCCUCACUACCGCUUCCGCUCCUCCUCCUCCGGGCCCCUGCUCUCCUCCUGUGGGCUGGGGGCCCCGUUGGCAGAAGCCGAGGGCGGCCAAGGAGCCGCGAAGAGCCGCCACCGGAUCCGUCUGAGUCGCAGCUCACCUCGGGAACCCUCGGGGGGGAUAAGGAGGGACUCUGACUUCGGCUCGGGGCCACAGCAGCUGGUUCUGUACGGCAGCAACGAGUUCAUGGUGUGAAAACGAGGAGGGGAGGAGCCGCUGAGGUUACAAGUGUAGGAAAUGAGGAAGGGGAGGGAUAUGUGCUCUGUAUCACCUCCUAAUGCUUCCUCUUCUUCUUCAGAGUCAGAGCAGGAAGAUGUGGGGAUGAAAAAGGACUGGAAAUAUGUAAAAGAGGGACAAAAAGACAGGGGAUGAUUCAUCACAUCUGGAACCGAGUGAAGACAUGUCUCGGUCCGAGGAAAGAGACGAUUGAGGAAAAACCCACACCUGCAAAAGCCAAAUCUUACAGAGCCCCAUCUUAAUGUUUUAGCAUGUGGGCAGGUGGAGAAAGCCACCCAGAAGAGAUGUAGCCAUACUGACUGACCUGGCUUUGUCUGUAACCAGCGCCAAGUUAGUCUGCUUCUCACGUUUACACAGAACACACAGGCUGCAUGCAUCUCCAUCAUCACUGUCUCCUCCGUCAGUUUGAAGAGACUGUACAGAAAUAUGUUACAUUAUUAUUAUUAUUAUUAUUAAAGAGGAACAAUAUGUACAUAGAAAGAAACUCCAAUGCUGCUCCUUGGUUGUUCAUUGUUUAAUAUUUCUACUUCCUGUUUUCUAUUUGACAAAGUGAAGUGUCAGGAAUUCAGGUUCCACUUUUGUUUCUGUGCUGGGUGUUCUGCUCGGUUUACCGUCAUUUGAGUACUUUUUUCUUUCUCUUUUCCUGUUACACAAUGAACAGAGCCAGCGGUGGGUGUCCUCGGGUCGUACUCUGGAGAAAUAAUAAUAGAAGGAAAAGCUGUGGGUGUGCGCUCUCAGAGAUACGAGUCUGGUGGUGUCACGUUUACUUUACCGGAUGUGUCAAAUGUCAAUCAGCCAUAAGUGUAUCUGUUUCCCCUUCUGUUUUACUCAGAAACAUCAGUGUUACUACGUCAGGACUUGAAUUUUUUUUGUAUACAUCUAUAUAAAUAUAUAUAUUAUUGCUGUAUUAUAGGUGUUGUUAUUGAUAUCAAAGAUGUCAUUUUCUUCUUGUCAAUAUUGUUUCUUUUUGUUCAGAUGAAAGCCAUUUUUUCUUCCGUGUGUGUGUGUGUGUGUGUGUGUGUGUGUGUGUGUAAUUCCUUCCUCUGUAUCAAGGCCCACUUUGUGUGGUCUUCAUUACACACACACACACUAGUGUUUCCCCCUAAACAUGUUGACUUGCUAAGGUGAAAAUGACUUUAGGUGACACUAACUCAGACUUAUGAAAUCUUUAAUAAGUCUAAGAUUCAUUGCACGCUUUCAUACCGUCCAUGAUGUCCUCCGAGCCCCCCAGGACACUCUUCUUCUUCUUUCUGUUUCUACUACUUCUUCUUCUUCCAUCCUAUUCUCUCGCCGCUCUGGCUGUGAAAAGUAGCAUUAUUUACUCUUGCCUGUUAACCAGACACAAACAAGUAGCAACUAACUCAGACCGUCCCCGUCUUUCUGCAUAUUCUAACAGUGUGAUAUCCCUUUGUUUGGGGCACACUCAGUAGCUUAACAGCAAAGAUGUCUCCGUACUUUAGCUGCAAUAUCUCUCCUUGCUUGCAGCGCCUGUGAUUCGAUGCUUUUGAGCAGCAUUUGCUCGGAUCUCACGACACAGUCAGUGUUAAACAACUUCUCCUUGAAGCUGGACGUCUCUUUGAAGACCGUGCUGAUCUCCGUUUUAAUGCAAGUGUGUUGUCUUUUUACAACAUUAAACUGUAGACCUGUAAAGAUAGAAAAAAAGCUGUUUCAGAGGUGAGCUGAAAGGACAGUUCCAAAUAUCUUUGAGCUGAUAUUUAAUGGGAUGGAAACAUGUCCAGGCUGUUCAUAUGGCAACAACAAAAAAAAGUGAAUGUACCUGUCACUGGAAAGCAUGCUCUGCUUUCUCUGGUUGUUUUUGAUCCUCUUUUAUACACAGUGUAUGUACUAUUUAUGAUCAUGCUUUUGGGGUGUACAUUGGUUUAAAAGAAUCUGUUAUAAAAGGUGUUAUAAAAGGAUAUAUUAUCCUGUGUACGGUUCAUUAUCUACUAUUAAUCAUGGCAACAUUUUAACAGGCCGCACUAGGUCUGUCAUGUUUGUGCUACGAAGUGAGAAACAAAAAAAAGGAAAGCGCUGUGUCUGUCUGCGCCACUCUGGACACGGUUAUGUAUAAGGUGCAAUUUGUGUUAUAUUUCUUUUUUUUAAUGAUACAAACAUGUUUAUGGUUGUAAGAAAAAAAGACUUCAUCUGCUUAUUAAAAAAGCAAAACUGCAGCCAAA